CGCCGCAUCUUUACGCACAGACAGUGGACACGUAGAGUUUCUAUAGUUGUGUUGAGUUUAUUCAAGUUGUGCUUCAUCAGAGCUGGUGCUUUCGUUGAAGCUUGGGAGAUGAAGUACGGUGGAUGAGGAGGCACGACAGCGCUGUACCCUGGGAAUGAACCGGCUGCGGGUGGCGGUGGUGGGGGCAGGGGCAGCAGGGCUGUGUGCUGCACGGCACAUCCUGGCACGCCUGGACUCCUUUGUCCCUCCAGUGGUGUACGAACUCACCGGGCACGUCGGAGGCACCUGGUUCUAUGAGGAUCGCAUCCGUAACUACGAUAACGGGCUGCCCAUUCACAGCAGCAUGUACAGAGAUCUCAGGACCAACCUGCCGAAAGAGGUGAUGAUGUUUCCCGAUUUUCCCUUUGACUCCAAGCUUCCCAGCUUCUUGCCCCAUCAUGUGGUCCAGAGUUACCUGGAGAGCUACUGUGAGAGCCACCAUGUCAUGCCUUACAUCAGGUUCAACACAGUGGUGGAAGAGGUGAACCCUGUCGCUGUGGAGUUGGAGGAGAACGGACCAAAGAUGACAUGGGAGGUGAAGUCAUCAGAUGAGACAGGAUCACAGAGAACAGAAAUGUUCGACUCGGUUUUCAUCUGCAGUGGGCACUACUCUGAUCCCCACAUUCCAGCCAUCCCCGGAAUCGAACAUUUUAAAGGUACAUUGCUUCAUAGCCACUCUUACAAAUAUCCAGAGCCUUUCGCAGGUCAGACUGUGGUUGUGUUGGGAGCUGGAGCGUCAGGACUGGACAUCUCCAUAGAACUGGCCAAGGUCAACGCCAAGGUGAUCCUGAGCCACAGUAAGCCCACCUUAACCUUCCCUCUGCCCUCUGGGAUUCAACAGGCCAGCCCUGUGGUGGAGAUCCUUGAGGACGGCUCACUGCGCUUCCAGGACGGGUCAGUCACCAAGAGCCAGGUUCUGCUUCUCUGCACGGGCUACAACUUCAGCUACCCAUUCCUCAACCCAGCUAAACUGGGCCUGGAGAUCCACCAGCACCUAGUGACCCCACUCUAUCAGUUUUUGAUGCCACCUGCCUUUCCCUCACUUUUCAUCAUCGGCAUCUGCAAAAUUAUUUGCCCUUUCCCCCAUUUCCAUUGCCAGGUCCAGUUUGCUCUGGGCAUCCUCGAGGGCACAGUAGUGUUGCCAUCCAAAGCCGAGAUGGAGGAGGAGGCAAAGUCUGAGAUCAAAAGAAAAGUAGAGCAAGGGGUCCAGCCGACGCACCUGCUGAAGAUGGACAAGGACCAGUGGGCUUACUGCCAGCGCUUGGCCCAGACUGGGAAGUUCCAACCACUCCCUCUGGUCACACAGAAACUCUAUGAGGAAGUGUGGCGACAAAGACGGGUUCAUCCACAGAACUACAGGAAGCUCAACUACAGACUAGUCAGCAACACCAAGUGGGAGCUAAGUGACUGAGUAAGCCAUGUGGGUUGAGGUUUUCCGCAGAGCAAGGUUUGGACAGUAUUGGGUUAAACUUAACUUGAUCGCAGUCAUCCAUAACGAGAAAAUUUGACCCAUAAAAUGGCACAGCUACUGUCAAAAACAUAAUUGAAGUGAAUCUUGAAGUGUUAAGAUGAUAUGAGAUAAUUUGAACAUUAUCAAAGAUACAGUGAAAAAUAGGAAAUUGUCUUUUAAGCAGCAACAUAUACCUUACAAAUAAAAAUGAAAUAUAAAAGGAAUAUCUAAAAAGAAUUUAAUCUUCCCACUGAUCAUCACUGAUGGUUUACAAAUGUUUGCAGUUAACACAUUUAAAGCCCAGUGUGAUCACCCAGUGUUUCCUACACAUAGGCUUUACCUGGUCUUGCUGCCCAGGUUUUGUGUGUCUGUGUGUGUGUGUGUGUGUGGGUGUGGGUGUGGUGUGGGUGUGUGUUUCAAAAACAUCAACUACAGUUUAUUAACCUUGUCUAUCUCUUUGUUCUGCCCCUUCUGGCCCUGUUCACUCUGCUGUAUUAGAAUAAAUUGUCAUCUGUGUUUAAUCAGAAUAAUUUAUAUCAUUUUCAAGUAUCAUGCUAUUAAAAAAUAAGGUCUUUAGCAAGAGUAGCUUUGUUUUGGUGCCUUCUAUUAAGAUUGCAAAUAUCAUUUUAUUUAACUAUUAAUGAAGACAUUGUAGGAAUCUUGUAAAGCUCACAACACUCCAAUAAACUACUCUUGUGCCAGUAAACUACAUGUUUACAUCAAUUUUUUUAUGAAUGAUAUGUCCUCUCUGUAAAGACUCCAACCAUAAUUCCUUGGUGUGCUUGUGAUGUAAUUAUUCCAAGAUACAUUUUCAACAAGAUAUUGAUUUUUGGAACCCCCUCCAACAAAAUAACUUCUUACCUCUAUUGUAUUCAUUUAUAAGUCUAUUGAUGCUAAACUCAUACUGCUGCACUCGUAGUGUUGGGUGUCCUUACAAUACUGUGCUAAAGCUAUCACACAGCAUUAAUAAAGUCUUUUUGU